AUGCCUCCCGGACGACCCAUCCAAAAGCUCCGGUUUUUCCUAAAUAUUUGGUCUGAGCUCACUGUGUGUGUGGAGACUGUACCCAGCUCUUGGGUCCCACGGGAUGUGACCUUGCUGAAGCUGUCACUCAUCCAGAUUUUAGUCAUCAAGGCAGACAAUCUGUGCAUUGAACCUCACGUCAGAUGUCAGUAUUCCCGUGUACUGGAGCUGCUGCAACAAGCUAGAAUAGAGGAAACAAUAAUUAGACUGUUAAAUACUUCUGAUAAGGUGUUGUCACAUAUCUCCUCCAAGUGCCUCUCCGUUUUGGUGCUAUAUCAACUAAAAUAUCAGAAUGAGGUAAAUACCCAUUGGGUGCAGUUCUGUCUGAAGAGUCUGUGCCAGGAUCCUGGAUCACAAACCUUGAUCCCAUGUCUGACAACUCUCUUAUUUGUUUGUAAAGGAUUCCUCACGGAUGUAAGAAUACAGAAGGCAGACCUUCUGCUGAGGAUCUUGGUUCCUCUAGAAAAUGUAUUUGAAAGACACUGUUCUACCUUCAUCACUUACCUGUCACAGACUCCUUGCCAGCCACUUGCACUAGCUGGAGAGCCCAGCGGCCAGCUCUCCUGUCUGCUGGAUUUUAUAGAAACCUUGGUUGCCUUAAGAAUAGAGCUGAAAUUAAAUGUCUCCCUUUGUCAACAAGUUCUGUCUGCCAUCCUGCCUCAGGCCUUGAACAUCAUCUCUGCUCCCGUUCCAUACUUUAUAAAGAAACAGGUCAUACUGCUGCUGAAAAGAUGCCUGCUGUGUAAAGCUGGGGAGGACUUCCUGCCUUCUCUCCGCACUAUAUCACACCAGCAAGAUGCAGUGCUUGACAAGGACAUGGCUGCUCUGGCUGGCACACUUCUCAGUGCUGUGCAGCGGGGUUGGCUGCUACAGGUCCCUGUUAGUGACAGAUCGAGUAGCUUUGGAGGCGUUAAUGAUGGAUCGGAGCAUGGCCCUGACCUUGUCAUCCUAGGAGCCACCUGCCUGUCUGUUCUCAAAGCCCUGGAAAUCCAGAUCCACAAUGGAGAAUCAGGGCAGCCUGAUGUUCUGGCUCUGGACAUUCUCAUGGAUCACCUGCUGAACUUCUUGAAGCACCAUAUUGAGUGGAAGGAGCCAGCGCACCCUUGUGAGUGGGUGUCUCUCACCUUCAUAGAGCAGGAUGACGACAUGUUAGAGGUUGCCAAAUGUCUGCUCAAGCUGUACCAGCACAAUCCUAGGAGAACGGACGCACCUUGCUUUGCAUCUGAAUUAGUCUCACAUGUCACCCUUUGUUCUAGUUCUACACGCGGUGAACCGGAGAAGGGGACAUGGAGUGAGCCGUCACAUCAGUGUGGUAGUAACCCUCACUGCAUAUUCCUGCUCCUGCUAAGCAAUGUCUUGUUUGAUUCAUCUGUGCUUCUGGAUUUUCUGAUUUCCUCCGAGACCUGCUUCCUGGAAUACUUUGUCAGGUACCUGAAGCUGCUGAAGGCUGACUGGCCUCACUUCUGUCUCAUAUGUACUUUAUAUGAUAAGUCCAGAAAUUUCCACCCAGCUACUUUGCCCAGCGUCUUUGUCUGUCCACAGCAAGAGCAAUCGGUGAAAGCAACACGGGUUCAGAGUGACUGCAUUAGUUUUCCUAAUCUCCUUUCACCCAUUCCUAUGGACAUUGGCAGUGCUGCCUCUUCUCCAGUCAGCCAUACCAAGCAUUCAACACCUUCUUCCCCAUCUGGCUGUCUGGGUGCCCUUCAACGCCUUGUAGAUUAUGGGAGCUCUGAAGAUUCUGAAUCCGAAUCUGCAGAUAGUAAGCAGGGUCCUGUCAUUGUUCACUCUGCAGGAGCUGACAGCUCAGAUAUAGAUAAACACAUGAAAAAGUUGGAGCUGAAAGCUCAGCGUUCCUCGCAAUCAAGUGCACAAGCUGACAGCACAUGUCAUGCCCAAGGUGUCCAGCAGAGGGCAGUGCGGUGCUUGGAAGACCUUCAAGAAGCCAUUAACAGGCUGCAUAGGAAGAAGCUGUUUCCCUAUAACCCGUCUGCAUUACUAAGACUUCUCUCACAUGUCAGUGAUCUCAGCAAACACUAG